AUGGACCCUCUUGAACAUGUUCUUGUGAACCUUUUGGGAGCGACGACACCGGAUUCGUCGUACCGUCGGUUCUUUGAAGAGUACGGUAUUACUCAGACCAGCGAGUUGGCCUCAAUCACCGAAAAUUGUCUUGCAACGGUGUCAUAUGGUGUUUUGACCCCUUCUGUGGGAGAUACCCCUGCCACCAUUGUUCGUAUGUUUCUUCCGCCUGCCCAGCAGGAUCGGAUCUUGAAGAUUGUCAAAUGGUUCCUCUCGAAAGGUACCAACGUGACAAACGAAACCUGGUUUGAACUUACCCCUGAAGUCCUUGAGUAUUGGCAACCAGCCUCUGCUAUUGUUGCCCCUGCUACUCCUGUUGGAUCGGAUGCUCGGAGUUCCUUUGUCAAAAGUGCUGCCGCAAAGUUUCGGAAGACAAUCAAGAAUCACUCCGUUCCGUACCCAAAGUUCAGUGAAGACCGUUUUUGGGUCACUUGGAAUACGAAUAUUCGUAUCAAGCUCCGUAUCCAUGGUGUCCAGUUGGUUCUUGACCCGGAUUAUUUGCCCGAGACCGUCGACGAGACGGAUACAUUUGUCGAAAUGCAGAACUUUGUCUUUGGCGUGUUCAACGAUAUAUUGUUGACCCCUCGUGCGCGUGGAAUCCUCCACAAGCAUGUGGAUGAAUUGGAUGCUCAGGCUGUUUACCGCGACCUUGUUGCCUCGUACGGUAAAGGUAUCAAUGCGCAGAUCACUGCCACAUCCAUUGAAACGAAGCUCACUUUGUACUCAUUUGCGACUUCAAAGAGCAAGACCUGUGUUGCUUUUUUGACGACUUGGCGCAAUUUGAUUUACGAUCUUGAACGGAUCAACGAGUUCCCCUUGCCGGAUCACCAGAAGAGCGUACGACUCAAGUCAGCUGUCCGUUCCCAUCCGCAAUUGAAGCUUUUCCUCGGAAAUGUUCAGCUUUACUCUCGUACCCAUGUGGGUAAGAGUGCCGACGAUUCCGAUUUUGAGUAUGUUUAUGAUUUGAUGCUCGAACAUGCGACUGAUAUUGAUCAGACCGAUUUGGAAGACCGCGGUAACAACCGCGGUGGAUGCUCAGCAAACAAUGCAAAGUCUCAGUCUUCUUCCAAGAAGAAAACUAACAAACCAAUUGCUCUCUCUCCCAAAGAGAAGCGGACCAUUAUGGACCAACGAGGACCUCGCCCUGCUCCAGCUCCUGCCCCUGCCUUAUCGGUGAACGCCGCUGCCACUCAGCCUCCUCCUACGGUGUAUGUCAGCGACUCGACGGUUGUUGACAACCAAAGCCUCGCUUCGACUCACGUCCCGCCUGCUGCCGGACCUGGUCAACUGCUUCGUUCGCUCAUUUCGAAUUCAGCUGCCCGCCAGCACCCUGCUCCAUCGAAUGGAGCCACGUCUGACUCUUUUUCGGUCAAUGGGACCACCUAUCGCAGCGAAGUGAACCGUUCUUCUGUGCAGUACCGUCUUUCCACUCACGAUGUUUCGUUGAACAAGGACUCUUUGAUCGAUGGUGGUGCGAACGGUGGCCUUAGCGGCUCCGACGUAACCGUUAUUUCGCAAUCCCUGUUGGAGGCCACUGUCUCUGGAAUUGGAAAUUCGGAAUUGACCAACCUCCGUUUGUCAACGGUGGCCGGACUCAUUCACACGACGGAUGGUCCCAUUAUUGGUGUGUUUCACCAGUAUGCUCACCUUGGUACUGGCAAUACCAUUCAUUCGUGCAACCAAAUGCGCUCCUGGGGAGUCACGGUUGACGACGUCCCUCGUACUUUUGGUGGCAAACAGCGUAUUGUCACGUCCGAUGGUCGUUUUGUCAUCCCGCUUUCCGUUUCUGGCGGACUCACUUACUUGUCUAUGCAGGCCCCUACCGAGGAGGACCUGGACACUUUCGAAUGGGUGCCUUUUACCGCUGACAACGAGUGGGACCCAAAUGGUGUCUCUUCUCCUGCCGCUGCCGACAAUGACCUCAGUUUGCAGCUUCCUGCCGGCCAUGUCCCGUUCCGUGAUGAACGCAUCAAUAACUUUGGUCUCCUUGCGCAUUCCGCGGCUGUCAGUCGAUCCCCUUUGAAUGCCGAUGCUUUGCAACCCAAUUUUGGAUGGGUUCCCAGUGCUCGUAUCUCUCGCACGUUCGAGAAUACCACACAAUUCGCUCGUGCCGAUGUCCGUUUGCCCCUGCGCAAACAUUUCAAGUCGCGUUUCCCUGCUGCCAAUGUUUCUCGUUUGAACGAAAUUGUGGCAACUGAUACCUUUUUCUCGGAUACCCCUGCGGCCGAUGACGGCAUUCUUAACCAUGGUGGGGCUACGAUGGCCCAACUUUUCGUUGGAAAAAGUUCGCAAAUCACCUCUGUCUUCCCGAUGAAGCGUGAAUCCCAGUUUGCCCAUACUUUCGAGGACUUUAUCCGUACCCAUGGUGCUCCCGAUGCCCUCCUCAGCGACAAUGCUCGUGCUCAGAUCGGUCAGCAGGCACUUCAGAUUUUGCGUAUGUAUGCAAUCGACGAUAUGCAGUGCGAGCCGCAUCAUCAACACCAAAAUUACGCGGAACGCCGCAUUCAAGAGGUGAAAAAGAUGGUGAACACAAUCAUGGAUCGUACAAACACCCCUCCGGAAUAUUGGUUGCUCUGCUUAUUUUAUGUGACCUACUUGCUCAAUCGCCUUGCUGUUGAAAGCUUGAAUUGGCGUACCCCGCUUCAAGUUGCCCAUGGACAGCGUCCUGAUAUUUCUGCUUUGCUCCUUUUCCGUUGGUUUGAACCCGUUUAUUAUUACGACCCUGACCAUGCGUCUUUCCCAUCGGCUUCUCGCGAGAAAACUGGUCGUUGGAUUGGUGUUGCUGAACACAAAGGUGAUGCGCUGACUUACUGGAUUUUAACCGACAAUACUCACCAAGCCAUUGCUCGUUCUGUUGUUCGUUCAGCCAACGUCGAUAAUGGUUUGAAAAACCAUCGUGCUGCGAAUUCCUCUCCCGAUGGUGGGGAGCCUUCGAAUCCUAAGCCCAUUGUCUUGGCUACGAGUGACCUACGCCAUGAUGCUACGGUCGAUCCAUCUUUUGAGAAAUCCCCUGCAUUCUCUCCUGACGAAUUGAUCGGCAGGUAUUUGAUCCGUGAAGCCCCUGACGGCCAGAGCCAUCGAGCCCUUGUUGCUCGUAAAAUUAUUGAUGCCGACUCCGAUAACCAUCAGGCGAUUUGCUUCUUGUUGCAAAUUGAUGAAAAGGAUGCUGACGAGAUCAUUUCGUACAAUGAACUUUCCGAUUUGAUGGAAGCCCAACAAUCAGAGCCCGCUACGAACGGAAAUAUCGAAGAUCAUUUCAAGUUUACUAGUAUUAUUGGACACCAAGGCCCUUUGCAACCGACCGAUGCUGGUUACAAGGGAUCCUCUUGGAAUGUUUUGGUUCAAUGGGAAGAUGGUUCCCAGUCGUACGAACCUCUAAUUGAAAUGGCUAAGGACGAUCCAGUCACACUCGCGAUGUACGCGUCUGACAACGAUCUCCUUAACUGA